GGACUCCAGCCCGCAGGUCCCGUGGGGGCGAGCCCAGGCAAGAAAGGGCGCGGAAGUGGGAAAGGGUGAGUAAGCAACUCACUACGCGAUAAAGGGAGACGGCACCGUGACGGAGCGCUCCACUAAGUGAGGGCGGCCCGUGCCGCAGCCUGUUCGAGACCCCGCUGUGCUGUCUCAGCGCCAGCGACAGGAGGGUUGAGGAGGAGCCAGAGUCGGGUUCCUGCAGCCGUUCUCGCCCGCAGCGCCCGGCCGCCAUCUCCACCAUGCAGUCUCGGGAAGACGCUCCCCGCUCUCGCCGGCUCUCCAGUCCGCGCGGUGGGAGGCGGCCCAAGAGGCUAUCCAAGCCCUCGGUUUCUGCCUUUUUCACGGGCCCGGAGGAGUUGAAGGACACGGCCCAUUCUGCAGCCCUGCUGGCACAGCUCAAGUCCUUCUACGACGCGCGACUGCUCUGUGAUGUGACCAUCGAGGUGGUGACUCCAGGCAGUGGGCCUGGCACGGGUCGCCUGUUUUCCUGCAACCGCAACGUGCUGGCAGCCGCGUGUCCCUAUUUCAAGAGCAUGUUCACGGGUGGCAUGUACGAGAGUCAUCAGGCGAGCGUGACCAUGCACGAUGUGGACGCAGAGUCCUUCGAGGUCUUGGUCGACUACUGCUACACAGGUCACGUGUCCCUGAGUGAGGCGAAUGUGCAGCGCCUGUACGCGGCCUCGGACAUGCUGCAGCUGGAGUACGUGCGGGAAGCCUGUGCCUCCUUCUUAGCCCGCCGCCUGGACCUGGCCAACUGCACCGCCAUCCUCAAGUUUGCCGAUGCCUUUGACCACCACAAGCUGCGAUGUCAAGCCCAGUCCUUCAUAGCUCACAAUUUCAAGCAGCUCAGCCGGAUGGGUUCGGUUAGGGAGGAGACACUGGCAGACCUGACCCUGGCUCAGUUGCAGGCCGUCCUGCGCCUGGAUAGUCUGGACAUAGAGAGUGAACAGACGGUGUGCCACGUGGCUGUGCAGUGGUUCCACGUGGCUGUGCAGUGGCUGGAGGCUGCACCCAAAGAGAGAGGUCCCAGUGCUGCUGAAGUUUUCAAGUGUGUUCGCUGGAUGCACUUCACUGAAGAAGAUCAGGACUACCUGGAAGGGCUGCUGACCAAGCCCAUUGUGAAGAAGUACUGUCUGGACAUUAUUGAAGGGGCCCUGCAGAUGCGCUAUGGUGACAUGUUGUACAAGUCUCUGGUGCCAAAGCCAAAUAGCAGCAGCAGCUCUGCUGUAUCUGCAGCAGAAAAUCCACCCCAGAGGUUGGGUAUGUGUGCCAAGGAGAUGGUGAUAUUCUUUGGACAUCCCAGAGAUCCUUUUCUCUGUUAUGACCCAUACUCAGGGGACAUUUAUACGAUGCCAUCACCUUUGACCAGUUUGGCCCACACUAAGACUAUCACCUCUUCAGCUGUCUGUGUCUCUCCAGACCAUGACAUCUAUCUAGCUGCCCAGCCCAGGAAAGACCUCUGGGUGUAUAAGCCAGCUCAGAAUAGUUGGCAGCAACUUGCAGACCGUUUGCUGUGUCGAGAGGGCAUGGACGUGGCAUACCUCAAUGGCUACAUUUACAUUUUGGGUGGGCGAGACCCUGUUACUGGAGUUAAAUUGAAGGAAGUGGAAUGCUACAGCAUUCAGAGAAACCAGUGGGCACUAGUGGCCCCUGUACCUCACUCCUUUUAUUCCUUUGAACUAGUAGUGGUUCAGAACUAUCUUUAUGCUGUCAACAGUAAGCGCAUGCUCUGCUAUGAUCCUAGCCAUAAUAUGUGGCUGAACUGUGCUUCUCUUAGACGCAGUGACUUUCAGGAAGCAUGUGUCUUCAAUGAUGAGAUUUACUGUAUCUGUGACAUCCCAGUUAUGAAGGUCUACAACCCAGCCAGGGGAGAAUGGAGGCGGAUUAGUAAUAUUCCCUUGGAUUCAGAAACCCACAACUACCAGAUUGUUAAUCAUGACCAAAAGUUGUUGCUUAUCACUUCUACCACGCCACAAUGGAAAAAGAACCGGGUGACUGUGUAUGAAUAUGACACUAGGGGAUACCAGUGGAUUAAUAUAGGUACCAUGUUAGGCCUUUUACAGUUUGACUCUGGCUUUAUUUGUCUCUGCGCCCGAGUUUAUCCUUCUUGCCUUGAACCUGGUCAGAGUUUCAUUACUGAGGAGGAUGAUGCACGAAGUGAGUCUAGUACUGAAUGGGACUUAGAUGGAUUCAGUGAGCUGGACUCUGAGUCAGGAAGUUCAAGUUCUUUUUCUGAUGAUGAAGUGUGGGUACAAGUAGCACCUCAGCGAAAUGCACAGGAUCAGCAGGGUUCUUUAUGAAUAUUUUGAAACACCAAGUGGUUUCUACUGCUAUGGAAUGUAUCUUGAAAGAUAUCCUUUCUUUUUCCUAAAAAAAAAAUUUACCAUGACUGCAGGUUUUGUUUAGAAAGGAUAAUAUUUUGAAAUAGUGUAAUGUUAGAAAAUUUAGACAGUCCACUGAAUCAACCUAUUUAAUAAUUUACUUUUAUGUUAGAAGUUCCAAAUUAAAAUAUGCAAAAAUGAACUAUAUAGUUGAAUAGAGUGCUUGGAUUUUUUUUUUUAUUGUUCAGAUAUUCUUUGCACCAGUGGAUUGUCUUGAUGAGUUAAUAUGUUUAUAUUUUGAUUACCCUAAUUUAGGCUCCUGUUAAUUUUUAUAUUCUUCCACAGGAAUUUAACUUUCAUUUGUAUAAUAGGAAACGAUUAGGAAUUACUGGUAGGGUUUUGAAGGUGAUAUUUUUUUCCCUUCAAAAUAAUGAUAGUAGAUUUCCAAAAUGUUUGAUUAGUUUUUAGUAUUCUAAGUUAACUAUUGUUUACUAAAGUUUAAUUUGGCUUUCUUCUGCAAAGAAAAAAAAUUGGAUCUAUAAAUUAAGGUUACUGAAUAGUGAUUUCAUUUUGAUAAUGUGCAGAAUGGCCUUACAAUCUUACAGAAAGCAAAAAAAAAAAAAAAUCAGGAUUCUACCCUUUCAAAAGUAAUUUAGUUUUCAUUUUGGAAUAUAAGGUGUGUAUUUGCCAAAUGUGACCAAUUUGUUAUCUAAAAGUAUCUAUUUUAGUAGUAUCAUUAAUUAUUUAAAAACUCUACUAAACCAAAAAGAAAGAGAGAUAGAAAUGAUUUGCUUCAUAAGUUCUCUUUUUUUAGAAAAACUAUACCUGAUACAUGCUUCAUUGAUCGGAGGGACAAUCCUUUUUUUCACUGGGCAUAUAAUUGGGUAAUAUGUAAAUUUUUGUCCAUUGGCCAUACCUUGUCUUAAAAAAGUUGAUUUGCUUCCUUAAAAUAUUUUGGUUGUAAUGUUUUGGUGUUUGUCUUAGAGAAUUCUUCAGCAAAGAGUGAUUUAUUCUUUACCAUUUUGUGAAGUAAUAAUUGGUUUUAAUAGUAUGUAUAAGCUAAAAACAAUAUUUUAUUGAGGUCAGUAGUUAUCGUGUUUAUCAACUAUCAAAUCAAGUGCCAGCAAAGAACUUUAACUCUAAGUUAUGUGUAGAACUGUUUUGUGUAGCACUGAAAUAUUCUGUCAGUUUUGUAAGUCACUGUAAAUGUUCUUGAUUAUCAGCUUGAAGGUAUUUUUGUAUUAAAAGUUGACGAUUAAAGAGCAUAAGUGGAUUAUGGCAUUUGGGGCCAAUAGUGAAAGUAUGCUAUCUCUAAAAUAUUUCCCUGAACAGUGGCACACAUGAUUAUUUUAUUGUGAUAUUUGUAUAUGUUCUAUGUUUCUCUGUCAACCAUGUUCCUAUCUUUGUUUUUGCCACCAUAUGUAAGGGAAAUUCCAGAGACAGAAGCUAAAUUGCACAAAACUGACUUUGUUAAAUACAAGAUAACAUAGGUGCUUAUUUUUUGAAAAUUUAAUAAUACAUUUAGUUGUCAGAAUAUAGAGACAUGAUAAAUGGUGUACCUGUACAUAUACAGAUAUUUAUGGUGUAUAAAUCUUCCUGUACCCACUUGGAAUUAUCUUCCUGAAUCUUUGUUCAAUCACAUGCUAAUUUCUUUUCUACAUUUAUUUAUUCUCUAGUGAUAGAAUGCUAACAU